CUAUCCCCCCCCCCCCGCAACCUACCUAGCCAGCCACCUCUUCUCUAGUUUACUCCCGGCUCCCAGACAGCAUGAGAAGGAUCCGCGCUAAUGCCAUCGCAAUCCUCACGGUCGCCUGGAUCUUAGGCACUUUCUAUUACUUAUGGCAGGACAACAGAUCCCAUUCAGCAUCCUCCAGCCGAUCUCCUAGCAGCAGCGGAGGGGGCAGGAGCGGACAGAGACCAGCUGCUAGGCUGGAACUCCACAGAGAAGACCGGACUAUUCCCCUCAUCGUCACCAAAAUCCCUACGAGAGGCUUUGAUGAGAAAGCAUACCUGGCCUCCAAACUGUUAAAGGCUGGAGAGGAUCCCUACAGGCAACAUGCCUUCAACCAGCUGGAGAGUGACAAACUAAGCAGUGACCGCCCCAUCCGGGACACCCGCCAUUACAGAUGCACAUCUGUGCACUAUGCUUCAGACCUGCCAGCUACCAGCAUUGUUAUUACCUUCCACAAUGAAGCCCGAUCCACCCUUCUGCGAACAGUGAAGAGUGUUCUGAAUCGCACCCCUGCCAACCUGAUCCAGGAGAUCAUUUUAGUGGAUGACUUUAGUUCUGAUCCUGAAGACUGCCUGCUUUUGACCAGGAUCCCUAAAGUCAAAUGUCUGCGCAAUGAUAGGCGUGAAGGGUUGAUCCGGUCCCGUGUUCGAGGGGCAGAGGUGGCCAUAGCAGACAUCCUUACCUUCCUGGAUAGCCACUGUGAGGUGAACAGUGAGUGGCUUCAGCCCAUGCUCCAGAGAGUAAAGGAGGACUACACACGAGUGGUCAGUCCCAUCAUUGAUGUCAUCAGCCUGGAUAACUUUGCAUACCUGGCAGCAUCUGCUGACCUUCGGGGAGGAUUUGACUGGAGUCUUCAUUUCAAAUGGGAACAAAUACCCAUAGAGCAGAAGAUGUCCCGGACAGACCCCACCCAGCCGAUCAGAACACCCGUCAUAGCUGGAGGGAUCUUCGUGAUUGACAAGGCCUGGUUUAACCACUUGGGAAAAUAUGACACUCAGAUGGACAUCUGGGGUGGGGAGAACUUUGAGCUCUCUUUCCGGGUGUGGAUGUGUGGCGGCAGCUUAGAGAUAGUUCCCUGCAGCCGAGUGGGCCACGUCUUCAGGAAACGACACCCAUACGACUUCCCAGAGGGCAAUGCCCUCACAUAUAUAAAGAAUACCAAGCGCACUGCAGAAGUUUGGAUGGAUGAGUACAAACAAUAUUACUAUGAAGCCCGGCCAUCUGCCAUUGGAAAAUCCUUCGGCAGUAUAGCUGACCGAGAGGAGCAGAGGAAAAAGAUGAACUGCAAGUCUUUCCAGUGGUACCUGGAGAAUGUCUAUCCAGAGCUCAAGAUCCCAGAGAAGGAGCUGAUUCCUGGGAUCAUUAAGCAAGGAACAAAUUGCUUGGAGUCCCAGGGUCAGGACACAGCAGGCAACAACCUGGUUGUCGUGGGGAGCUGCAAAGGGACUUCAAACAAUCCUCUCAUGACCCAGGAAUGGGUAUUCAGUGAUCCCCUUAUCCGGCAACAGGACAAGUGUCUCUCCAUUACAUCUUUCUCUACGGGGUCCCAAGUCACACUGGAGGCCUGCAACCAGAAAGACGGCAGACAGAAAUGGAAGAUGAAAGGUACUUUUAUCCAGCACUUUGUCAGUGGCCUCUGUUUGGAGAACCAAUCCCCACAGGUGGUGACCGGACUGUGCCAGGCAGAUUCACCUGCCCAACAGUGGGAGCUAAUGCAAGCCACAUGAUGGUAGCCCCAGGGACCUCAUCACUCCUUUUUGCAUGAGACUUUGGGGCUGGAAUGGGGUUAGGGUGGGGGAGUUUCAAGCUGGGUUGUUUUCAUCUUGUCAAUGUUUCUGUUGGGAUCAUCAGCAAACAUCGCCACCAUGUUAAAUGUUUUUCCAAAGCUCAUGUUGGGGGAAGGAGGGAAGCAGUGGCAUGUCCAUAGACUACCUGCCCCUAGCAGCUCUACCUGUACUCCUAGCCUUACUCCUGGUAGAGGAAAUGGUAAGGACUGUAGACUGUGACUGGCAGAGUUGGGGGGUGGCACUUUGCCUUUUUCUUAUUUCCCAUCCCUAUAGACAUCCCUGACCCUAGUGCCUCCAGGCCUAGUCUACUCACAAUAAGGGAUGAUGGUUUGUAUGUGACCAUGUGGGUGAUGUUGUUUUGUGGGGACAGGAAGGUCUAAUUCCUUCUCUGUGGUGCAGGUGGCUCCUGACUGGGGUCCUAGGCUACAGAAGGAAUAUAAGAUAAUGGGAUGGGAAGGGUGGAAGAGAAUCAUGCCAUGGGGAAGAAAUGACUGAAAAAGGGGAUGACCACCAGGUCAUGGGUGGAGGAUGAGGGGGAAACCCAGGGUUAUCAGUGUAGAGUUUGCACAAGAGAAAGCCAGGAUCACCGUGGGAUGCAUAAAAUGUGUAAAGAGGCAACCCCAGAAAGAUGGAGAAGAUGCUAAAGGGCGUAAGAUAAAGAAAAGGUAAAAUCCCAACUAAGACCCUUUCCUUUAGAGGUAGUUUCUCCCUUGUCAACACCACCCUUGCUCUUCUGAGUUGAGAGCUACUAAGAGAAUUGUGCUACAAUUCCUUUCAGGUUGGAAAAGACCAUUUAGUAAGACUGCUUAGAAGGUCAGUUCAUUAAACUGGUACUGGUGACUCUUCUGUUAGGGCUUGGGCAAUUUCCCCUUGGCAUCAAGUUCUUAACCUCUAUUUCCUAUGCUGAAAUCCUCUAGGACACUAGUCUCCAGAUUUUUUUGAUCCUGCAUCCUUAUAAGUUUAAAAAAGAAAAACAACAUCCCCUUUUUAAAUAAAAUAAUAGGCAUGGCAUUCUAGGGAGAGGGGAGGGGUUUUCAAUGGCACCUAUGCAUCUGCUACUAUGGGUACUGAGGUGAGGGUUAAAUUAUAACUGCUCUGAGGGGCUGACAUGUUGUACUAUGGUGAGUGAAGGGUUGUGUUGGAGACAAGCCCCAUGAUUGGCUACCAUGAGGAGGAUGGGAUUUGACCCAUCUUCCCACCUUUCCAUUGGCUCCUUUAAGUCAAGCCUUCCCCAUCCCAGCUCCUUUGGGAUCAUGCCACACACCCCACUUUGGCAACAACUGCUCUUGAAAGGAGCUGGACCUUGAAAGAGUUUAAGUGACUACUAACAUGUGCAUCCCAGCUCUACUCCCCACCAGCCACUUUCCCCCAUCCUCCACCUAUGUCUUGUGCCUUCUGAAAGGUCACUUGUCUUUAUAAGGAGGAUGGGGUAGAAGGAAUGCAGCUCCUUUGCAUGGUAUGAAUAACACCUCUCUCCUUUCAGAAGCCCCAAGGCUACUCCAAGCCCUGCUGUUAUUGAAGGACUGAUAUAGAAGAGUCAACCUUGGGAGCUCUGCUUGAGAAAAGAAAGCUCCCACUUCCUUCCCUCCCCUACACCUUGGCCUCCUUUUAGAGUUCCUCCUCUUCCCCUCCACAAUUUCAUCCUCAUAUCGAGCCAGGAAGGGGUUCUCUCUGGUGGCCAAAGGUUGUGUGUCUACUUCACAGUCCCUCAUGAUUCUUCCCUUAGAACAAACCUGCAUGUGGCUGCCUUCCUCCUUGGUUUAGGCAUCACCCAGGUACUACAAGGGCCCAGCAAGAAAUAUAGCUUUGUCCAGCUCUAGACCUUUCUAUAUGGAAAACACAAGCUCUUCUUGAAAUGCCCUCAUUUUGCUUUCUUUUUGAUGUCUAUCCCACACUGAGUUGUUAUCACAUGAACUCCCUGGCUUGGAUCGUUCAUUUGAAUGGUAUCCAAAGGUUCUGUAAUUGCAAAUCUCCAUGUUGUAGGGGAAAGCAUCUCAACAGGUUUUUCUUUUUCUGAACUCGUUGAGAGGAUAUUCCCCACUUUAGGGGAAUGAUGUCAGUGUCCUACCAUACUUAUGUUAUAGGAAUGUGUUCCCAGCAACUCCACCUGGGGAUGGGCAUACUCAUGUUGGUCCCAUACCUCUCAGCCCACAGUAUGACAUUUGGUGUGGGGCAAUGUUUACCCAUGGACCUCCAAUGUUAAGUGUGAUGUUGCUUCAUCCAUCUUUGUCCCUCCUGGUGAAUUAACACUUCCCAAUCCAGUCUAAUCUAAUCCAAGUUCAUUCAACAAACAUGCAUUAUGCUCCUACUAUGUGCUCUCAACUCAAAGGACAGCCUUCAUUUGAUUUGGACCACAGGUUUAGUAUAAAAAUAAAGUUCUAAAGCAUCUCAGGUUAGGUUGUAGGAUACAUAAACAGCCUUUAUGUAGAGUUUGGAUUGAUGUGAUGAAAAAAUACUGCUAUGUGAUGAGUUAUUUCCAAGGAUUACAAAUUUGUUCCUAGUGGUCACGUCAGAAGGCUCAGAGCUGCUUUGUUUUUGUUCUUCUUGAUCAAAGCAUGUGCUACUUAGCUGUCCUUGAGGAACUCGUCUCUAUGAACGUCUGGAAUAAAACCCUUCUCAAACACGUGUGCACCAUCUUCCUUAGCUCCCAGUUCCCACAUCGCCUCUAAACUGAUGUAUGUUCCACCUUGCCUAGGACUACCUGACCUCUUGGUUGGCAAUCAGCUGCUUCUUGCACUGAUUUUUCUUGGUGACAUCCCCAAUGUCUUUGAGUGGGAUUCCCAUAGUGGUUUGCAAGUGACAUUAUUGAUUGCUGCAUAAUUCCUGGAGCCAAGUGGAGGAGAGAAAGUUUGAGAAUAAUGAUGAUGAUGAUGAUGAUAAUAAAUGAUACCUUGCAACAACAA